AAAUCGUAAAACACCACAAAACCAAAGCAACCAAAAAGGAAUAUUGGAAGAGGAAUAGUCCCACUAAUAAGAAACCUCUACUCCCCAAUCCCCCCUCCCCCCAUAUAAAUUGUCACGCAGGCCACCCAACAUUCCUACAAGAAACCCAAAACCAAGCACCAAUAAUACAGUCUCUAACAAAAGGUAGGCAAACAGGAGAGAGAAAGAGAAGAGAGAGAGAGACGUUUGGGAUGAACCGAAAAUGGCAUACCAAAUCUCGAACCGAAAGUCUUCGGGACAAGAAUCCAACGACCGAUCCCGAACCUCUGGUGCUAAUACCCGCCCAAGACAAUCCCAUCGUACCAUUUAUGAAGAUUUCCAGCCCCACUUUGAAUUGAUGGAAGAGCAGGAAGCUCACAUUGUACAAGUUCAUCUGCCUGGUUUUGUGAAGGAGCAGGCUAAAAUUAAAUUUAUGCAAAACCCUAGUGUGAUUAGGGUUUAUGGACAAAGACCUCUCGGCGACAACAAAUGGAGCCGUUUCAACCAAACAUUUCCAGUUCAACAGAAUUGCGACGCAAGUAAAAUUCAUGGCAAAUUUAGCAAUGGGAUUCUUACCAUUACAAUACCAAAGAAAGUCAUCACAUGGACUGCAACAGCCAAACCUAUCAAGGAGCCACCACCAAAAACUGCUGCAACCACGGCCGAGCCGAAGACACACAAAGUUCAAGAUGACCUAAUUCCUUCAAAGCCCAGUUUGACAACAUCGGCAGGCCCUCCAAAAACUGCUAUCAUACCAAAAAUUGCUGCUUCUGCUCAAGGUGAACAACAAGGGGGCAAGACAAGUGCUCAGGAAGUUUCUGUUGCUGCCGCGUCGAAGGCAGAAAAGGCUUCUUUCACUACCAGAGAUGAAAAAGAAAUGGUUAACAAGAAUGGUCGUCCUCCAUUAGCUCAUCCGAAAGGCACUGCAGUUGAGACAGAAGCACGAAAGGAUAAAGAGGAUGACGCUCUUCCAAAACCAAUUUCAUCGAUCCAGAAGGAAAAAGAAAGGGAUGAGAAGAGGUUGAUACCGUUGACUAGUCCGGAAACAAGCAAAGCCGAGACUAAGUCUGAAGAGGGUGGUCAGGAUGGAAAGAGAGGAAAGGCUUCUGUCGAGAGUGUUUAUCGAACGGGGGUUGAAAACAAGGAUCAGAAAAAAGCAAAAGGGAAGGCUGAAGAUGAAGGUUCUAUUGCCGCACAUGUGAUGGCUGCUGCAAAUGAGGGUAUGAAAAAUCUCGGAAGCAGGAUGAAUGAUGAAGAGAAGAAGAUGUUGAUCAAUAUGGGUGCAGCGAUUCUAGUUCUUAUCGCACUAGGUGCUUCUGCAUCCUACAGUCUGUAGUCCUCUGGGAAAGGCAAAAACUAAGGCCGUCAUAUUUUCACAUUCCAUUACAAAUCUUUUAUUAGAUACUACACAAACACAUAAACAAGUAUUACAGCUUUUACAUUCAUUUUACCACCUCAGAUUUGAGAUCUAUUACAAUCUCAUACAACAUCUUCAAAAAAAAAUUCUUUUAUA